UCCAACGGUCGAUUCUUGGUACAUAUUAAGGCACAUUGUAACCGUUGUUCAGACAAAUUCCUCUUCCUCAAUUCACAAAUAACAUCUCUUUGUCUGUCUUUCUUUCCUUUUAUUUUUUUCUUGGUUAUUGGUUUCUUCUUGUGUGUUUGGCUGGAACAUACAUAGUCAAUCUUCAAUGGAAGCUGCAAAAGGAAAUGGUAAAGUUCAGCAUGUGACAAAGGCCUCAUCGGAUCAGCUACUUAGGAAGUUUGCUGAGAUGGAUUCUGAAUCAGAAGACAGAGAUUUAGCUAAGAAGGAGCUCAGAUUAGCUAAAAGAAGGAAAAAAAUACUGCAACCCAAAGUUGAUGCUACUAGCACUAGUCUAGUUUUUGGUGAAAGGAAGUCCCUUUUGGGUUCUCAGAGAUCCGUUGCGUUGAUCCCAAGAACAGCAAAGCUUAGAGCUAGGGAUAUCAAGAACAGAUCCUUUUUGGGUGCUAUUGAAAAGACAUGGCGCAGAACUGUACAAGGAGCUUCCAAGGUCUUCAUUGAGAAGCAUUACAAUCGGCAUAGGCGUCUAAUAAGUGAUACAUCAUAAUGUUAGAACAUUAUUUCAGUGAAAUUUCAUCCUCGAGUAGAAUGUAUCUGAUCGUAGACACUUUAACAUCAAGUUGACAGGGAAGAGUCCUCUAGCAGUGAGACUAUACUCCGAGAACUUAUUAUUCUGAAUAGUCGAACAUGGGAAGGAUUGAAGCUUCAAAAUGUUCCUCUGCUGUACAUCUUAUGGGGAAGCUUUUCGUCUUGAGACUCUUCAUACUUUUCAAUCAGUGAUUCAUUCAGUAUUCAAGGGAGAUUCUUCAUAAUUCAAACCAUUACAGUAGAAGGAAGAAACAGAAGAUCGUCCCAUCUCCUGAUAUCAGUUCAAACGACCCAUAUCACUGUUUUAGAUUCAUUCAGACAAUAUAAUUGGAGCAUAGCUAAUUCUUCAUGUUUAUAUAGGAGGAUAAUGCUAAUAUGCAAACGUUAAAACUAGUACAUUUUACUGCUGUAACUUUUUAUUUAAUUUGGAGAAACAACACUUCCCCUAAUUAAAUUGUGUAUGCAAGUCCAUCAUUAUUAGCAAAAUGGCAAGAUCUUCCUGAUGCAACCUUUAUAGAUCAGGAAGAGUUGAACAAUCUUUGCAACCUUUUCAUAUAAUAUUUUUUCUUCAUAACAUGCUA